CGGACAUACCACCUCUGUGUCUGUUGCUCCAUGCCCCAACCUUCGGCCCGCUCCCCGCUACGUACCGGGCCGGCCUCGGCACUCACCGGAGAUACUGCGCGCUCUGCAGGCUCAUCCUCCGCCGCCGCGUCUUCCCGCGAAGCCUCUGUGGGUCUCUCAGGCUCCUCGGAGCGGCCCCACGGCACCGCGGGUGCUGGCGGCCGCCGCCAUCUUCCUCUCCUCCGGCUCCUCCUCGCUCAGCGGGGGUUGGGGGUGAAAAGGCGCUAUCAAAAUCCUUCUCUGAGACCGCACCUAUUAAAAGACUGGGCCAACGUCUAUGGACACUGUCCAGGUUACUAUGGAUACUACCAUGGAAGAGACAUGGUGCCUGUCUUGGAGGAAUCCACCUUCUGGUAGAGAUACCAGAGAAUAGAGACAUGAUUUGGAUGCAAUAUUAUGGGUGCAAAAAUUAAGUACUGAAGGACACAAUGUAUAUGAAGCUGGCCCGUGUUCUCCUCAUUACUACACUUCAGGUGUGGAGCUAAGUGAUUGAAUCAAACAUAUCGAGACACAAAAAGAGAGGCGACCCCUGGACCAGCGCGAGGGACCCACCCGCACCAUGACCGAGACCACCAAGACCCACGUUAUCUUGCUCGCCUGCGGCAGCUUCAAUCCCAUCACCAAAGGGCACAUUCAGAUGUUCGAAAGAGCCAGAGAUUAUCUACACAAAACUGGAAGGUUUAUUGUCAUUGGUGGGAUUGUGUCUCCUGUCCAUGACUCCUAUGGAAAACAGGGCCUUGUGUCGAGCCGGCACCGUCUCAUCAUGUGUCAGCUGGCCGUCCAGAAUUCCGACUGGAUCAGGGUGGACCCGUGGGAGUGCUAUCAGGACACCUGGCAGACAACCUGCAGCGUCCUCGAACACCAUCGGGACCUCAUGAAGCGGGUGACUGGCUGCAUCCUCUCCAAUGUCAACACACCCUCCAUGACGCCUGUGAUUGGACAGCCCCAAAAUGAGACCUCCCAGCCCAUUUACCAGAACAGCAAUGUGCCCACCAAGCCCACUGCAGCCAAGAUCCUGGGAAAGGUGGGAGAAAGCCUAAGCCGGAUCUGCUGUGUCCGCCCACCGGUGGAGCGCUUCACCUUUGUGGAUGAGAAUGCCAAUCUGGGCACAGUGAUGCGGUACGAGGAGAUUGAGCUGCGGAUCUUGCUGCUGUGUGGCAGUGACCUUCUGGAGUCCUUCUGCAUCCCAGGGCUCUGGAAUGAGGCAGAUAUGGAGGUGAUUGUCGGGGACUUUGGGAUCGUGGUGGUCCCCCGGGACGCAGCCGACACAGACCGAAUCAUGAAUCACUCCUCAAUACUCCGCAAAUACAAAAACAACAUCAUGGUGGUAAAGGAUGACAUCAACCAUCCCAUGUCUGUCGUCAGCUCAACCAAGAGCAGGUUGGCCCUGCAGCAUGGGGACGGCCAUGUCGUGGAUUACCUGUCCCAGCCGGUCAUCGACUACAUUCUGAAGAGCCAGCUGUACAUCAACACCUCGGGCUAGCAGCCCCAGGGCCUCUGCUCCAGUCUCCCCUCGUCCUCCACCAACACACUGGCCCCUGCAGCCUCUGUCCGUCCCAUUUCUCUCCUGCCUCUCUGUUCCUCCAUCUCAUCUUGACUGUUGUCCCCACUUGCUGACUCAACCCCCCCACAGUGUGGAGGACCUGCAGAGAACCACGGCAUACCCCACUCCGCAGUCAUCUUCGGACAAACUUUC